AUGGCCCUCCAAACAAUCUAUCUCCGCUUCUACGAGCGUGGCCCAGAGUACUGCACUAGGAACUCAUUCAUCGCCUUCUUCUCCAACAGCGACGCUUGCAACGACUCCACGAUCUUCGGCUUCGUCCCAAAUGGUUUCACCGAAUGCAAUCAAACUCUCACCAUCUUAGGCCACCCAAACAACACAUUCACGGGCCGCAAACCCCAGACGAUCAAUGCUACUCAUCGUCGCUGCCAAUGGGUGUGA